CUCCUGGAUUUCGUUUCAUCUGAGUAACUACAAAGCAAAAACCCUGUCCCCACCGAAAACAUUUUCCCACUCUUCUCGACUCUUUCUCCGGCCACCGUCAUCGCCGCCACACACGACUGCGAAAACUCCGAGGGUAAAUGGCUCACCAACCUUUUGACCCAUACUACGCAUACCAGCAGCAGGAUGAGCGAAGCCACAUCAACACGUUGUUUGUGUCGGGCCUCCCAGACGACGUGAAGGCGCGUGAGAUUCACAAUCUCUUCCGCCGUCGCCCCGGCUUCGACUCCUGCCAGCUUAAGUACACCGGACGCGCCAACCAGGUUGUUGCGUUUGCUACUUUUUUCAAUCAUCAAUCGGCGAUGGCAGCAUUGCACGCUUUAAAUGGCGUGAAAUUUGAUCCACAAGCUGGUUCUGUUUUGCAUAUUGAACUUGCUAGGUCAAACUCAAGGAGGAAGCGUAAGCCAGGUAGCGGAGCCUAUGUUGUUAUAGAUAAACGGUCUAAAGGAGAGGCUGAUGUGCAAGGGUCAUCAAGUGAUGAUGGUGACAGUGAUCCUGAUGAACCAUCAGGAAGUGGUGGCAGCCAUGGUGAUUUAGCAACCACUAAAAGCAGUGAGAUUAAGUUUGGCUCUGACAGUGCUGUGUCUGCGGAGCAGCAUGAAAGGGGUCCUGAUGGAGGACCAUGCUCUACUCUCUUCAUUGCAAAUCUUGGUCCAAACUGCACUGAAGAUGAACUGAGACAAACUUUCUCAGUGAAGUUGAACAAGCUACUAAGGUCAUGGAGCAGCUUCAGGGCAGCAUGCUGUCAUCGUCAGAUCGGGGUGGCAUGCACAUAGAAUACGCAAGGUCUAAAAUGAGGAAGCAUUAGAAGAAAUGGAAGCAAGCCAAUUUCCAGAUAAUUUUGUUGUUUGAUAUAAAGGCCAACAUUGUGUUUUCUCUAGCAUAGUUGCAAGGUAUUGGAAAUAUUGGGAAUGUUUACCAACGUUAGAAAACAUCUUCAUUUUGUAGUAUAUUCCUUUCACUAAUAUAAAAAAAGAUAUUCCCUCA